AUGAAUUCAAAACAACCAGUUCUUUGCUUACCAUCUUCCUCUCAUUUUCAUUUCCUCUUUUAUGGCCUUGUUAUAUUUCUUGCUUUCAAUACCAUCUCAGCUUCCUAUAGCGGUGGAAACGAGACCGAUUAUCACGCUUUGUUGAAGAUAAAGUCGCUGAUCACCAAAGAUCCAUAUGGAGCUCUAACCUCAUGGAACAAUUCUCUUGACUUCUGCAACUGGGCUGGUAUUACAUGUGGGAAGCGACAUCGAAGAGUGACUUCUUUACGAUUGUUGUCACAAGGUUUGGAAGGCUUUUUGUCUCCUCAUGUAGGGAACCUCAGCUUCUUGCGAGUUCUUGUUCUCUAUAACAAUAGCUUUCAAGGAGCCAUCCCUCACGAGGUUGGACGUCUUUCCAGGCUAGGUUUACUUUCUCUUUACAAUAAUAAAUUCAACGCGGUCAUUCCAGUUAACAUAUCUGGUUGUUCUAACCUUGAAAAGCUUGAUCUAUCAAAUAAUGAGUUAGUUGGAAGCAUACCCAAGGAGAUCAGUUUCCUCUCCAAACUUACUUUUCUCUCACUUGGUAGUAAUAAGUUAACAAGUGGGAUCCCACCUUUCUUGGGGAAUCUUACAUUAAUGGAAAAGUUCGGUGUAGUCAAUAAUCCACUAGGUGGGAGCAUUCCAGACACUUUAGGCUAUUGGAAAAAUUUAAAGUUAUUUGAUGCUGGUAUUUGUAAUUUAAAUGGAAUCAUCCCUCAUUCAAUUUUUAACCUUUCACUCCUAACUACUAUCAGUUUGCCUUAUAAUCAACUGAUUGGUAGUCUUCCUCGCACCAUAGGCGCAAAGUUGCGUCAUUUGGAUUUCUUUGACAUACAUGGUAACCAACUAACUGGACCUCUUCCACCAUCCAUUUCGAAUUGUUCGAGAUUAGGAUUUCUUGACGUGGGCGAAAACAAGUUUAGUGGGAAGGUGGCAGUCGACUUUUCAAAACUAAGAGAUAUCUAUUCUAUACGCUUAGCCAAGAACCUCUUUGGAAGCACCGGAGAUGAUGACAUGAAGUUUAUUGAUUCUUUGAAGAACUGCACAAGAUUAGAAAAAUUAGGUUUGGAUAGUUGCAAAUUUCAAGGGCUGCUCCCAAGAUCAAUAGGUAAUCUUUCUAAGCAGCUUAGUUCUUUACAUUUAUCUGCAAAUCAACUUCAUGGAAACAUCCCUAGAUCAAUUGGUAAUCUAGUUGGCUUGCAAGGAAAAUUCCUGAUGCAAUAG